AUGACCACUACUAUCCGUCAGCCUCACAGCCCCACCGGACCUAAACAACCCGCGCCGCGCUCCGCCCUCCUUCCGGCGCGCACUGCCACCAGCCAGGCCUCCCGGCCACCGAGCGGCGCCAACAGCCAGGCCUCCCGGCCACCGAGCGGCGCCAACAGCCGGGCCUCCCGGCCACCGAGCGGCGCCACCAGCCAGGCCUCCCGGCCACCGAGCGGCGCGCUGCACCAACAGCCGGGCCACCGGGCCACCGAGCGGCGCCAGCAGCCAGGCCUCCCGGCCACCGAGCGGCGCGCUGCACCAACAGCCGGGCCACCGGGCCACCGAGCGGCGCGCUGCACCAGCAGCCGGGCCUCCCGGCCACCGAGCGGCGCCAGCAGCCGGGCCUUCUGGGCCACAGAGCGCGGCGCAGAGCGCCCCUCGCCGACCGUGGAGAGAGGCUGCGCCGCUGGCGCAGGGGAGUACGGGGCGGUGUCGGUGCCCGGCGCCUUCCUGCCCAGCCGGGGCCGGGAGCGGCGCUCCCCUGCUGGCUGUUGUAAGGCGUAG